AUGUCGGACCCGGAUGACCUUAGACGUGGAUCGCACCAGGAUCAGCUGGCCAUACAAUGGGAGCAAGACCCGUACGAUACGGAUCCGAGGCUUACAAUGCACCUACUGGAUCUUUACUUUCUUCAUGCUGGACGUGCAACGUACGGAAUGUUUCCUCGCAGGUCUUUCCUUGCUUGGGUGGAGACCAAUCGAGAAAAAAACCAAGACCAUCUUAUGCUGCUUUAUUCUGCUCUUGCCAUGGGCUCUGUAUUUUCCACAGACGUUGAGAAGCGAAGCGCUGGAAAAUGGUAUGCCGCUGUUGCUGCAUAUGCCCUAGAAAAGCGAUUUGGCAGGUUUACCCUUCAAUUGUGUCAGAGCCGAUUGAUUCUGGGUCUGUACAACUUUGCUCGUGGCAAGUCUCAAGAAGCAUGGGAUUACUGCGGAGCCGGGCUGCGUGCUCUCAGUGCGCUGAAGCUGAAUUCCGAGGACGGAAUCAAGGAGCUCCCAGAAACCACGGCCGAUACACCUUAUGGAUUCGACCGCUUGACCCUGGAAGAAUGUUGCCGUCGCACCUUUUGGUCCGGAUUCUUGAUGGAUGUAAGUUCAACUGCGUUCACGGCAACCACCACCCCUGACCUAAUGCACCAACAGCGAUAUAAUGGUUUCUGCGGUGGUACCCUUUGCGUCAUCAAUAUCGAGGACACUUUUCUACGACUUCCCUGCCUAGAGAAUAUGUUCGAAGCAUCCACGCCAUGCGAUACCCCCUUGUUCGACUUCGAUAUCUUGGAUCACCAGGCGUACUCCGGCCCUCCCUUGGGACACAUGGCCUACUUGACUUUGAUCUCCACAAUUUGGGGCGAUGUGGUGACUUUUACCAGCCGUGCCGUGCAUCGCCCUGGAGCUAGCUAUGAGCGACUCUAUGAAACUUUCUACGCCAAGACAUAUGAGCGAUUGGAGGCAUGGCUUGAGUUGCUGCCGGUUGGCCUUAGGGUAAGUUAUUCUAGAAUGCGUGCGCUCGAGGCAUUCGCUAAUAGUGCCUCGCCUCAGUACACUCCUCAAAACCUAGACAACAGUAUUGUCGAAGGCUCUGCAGGAUCAUUCGUUUCCCUUCAUGCUCUGUAUCGCACCACUAUUAUUCGUCUCAACCGCCACAUUCGCUUGUCUGCGAUGUCCCCUGAAAAGGUCGGUCGCAAUAUCGAACAGGCCUUCUAUCAUGCAACGAAUUUUAUACAUAUGAUGCAUUCGCUGGCGCCUGAAAAUCGUCGCCAACGCUUGCCUCCGACGGCCGCCACGGACUAUCUCUUCUCCACACCUUUUCCAGGCUACGCUCUUAUGCUUUCGAUAGAUGUUGUUACCGCCGCCGGCACGGUCACGGCUCUUCCGGGCCUUAUUGAGACGCUUGGCACGGCAAGCUCAUGCAUUGAAGAGCUUGCAGGCUUCUGGGCAUCGGCUCGCACGCAACACAAAGUUGUGGCGAAUCGUUUGAAGCACCUCACGAAAACCGCCAUGCAAGAAGAGCAGGGUAUCCGGAACGGUACGCUUGGUCAGUUUUGGAGACUGCCCGAGAGCUUGGAGGCCGCAUUCGGGAACGACGAUGCUGUGUACAAAGCGGAUCAACAGCUAGUGUUUGAGGUUCUGAAUCGGCUUACCAGCACAAGAUAUUGA